AUGGGUCUUCCUUCAAUAUUAUUAGCGGUAGCUGUGCUGGGUGCAUAUGUACUAUACAAGUGCUGGGAUUCUUCUCGUCGGCAGAGAAUACCCACAGGUCUCAAGCCUCUACCAGGACCCAAAGGCUACCCUAUCCUUGGCUCGGUGCCUGAGGUUCCUGAGAAGAAUGGGUUCAUCAAGUUCGCAGAUUGGGGCAAGCAAUAUGGGCCUAUCUAUCAAUGCAACUUGGCUGGUCACAACCACGUCUGGAUAUCUAGUGACCAGGUUGCCAAAGACCUGCUAUCGAAGAAAGCAGCGAUCUACUCGGACCGACCACACAUUCCGUCUUUGAUAGACGACAAUCGCUCAAGCGCCCAAUAUCUUCCCCUCCUCAGCCGAAAUGAGGGUCAUACUCGUCAAAGGAAAUUUGCAAACAUCAUCAUGCGCGAAUCAGAGAAGGCCGCGUUCCAUCGAUACCCUGAAAUCGAAUCAACACGUAUGUUGACCGAAUUGCUGGAUGCGCCGGACCAAUACAAUCAUAUUCUGGAGUCUUUCAUCUCACGCGUCACUUGCCGGCUUGCCUGGGGUCACAGCGAAGGCAGUGAUGAGCUGAAGCAACGCGCGCGCGAGCUUCUCAUCGGUGUCUCACCCACUGGUUCUCUGAGCAACAAGCUUCCAUUCCUUAUGUCUCUCCCUGACUGGCUCUCCCCACCCAAGGCUUGGGAGAGGCGACGUGCGACCACUGAGCGUACGUGGUUCCAGACAAUGCAAGAACAAGUCGUCGACGAUAUGCGAUCAGGACAAGCCGCUCCAUCUUGGAUGAAGACGUUCUUGGAUGGCCGCAGCAAAUGGGGCUUCAAGUCCGACACAGAAGGCGCAUAUGCUGUAGGCAUGCACGGUAUCGCUGGAGCCCUCACUAUCGCUGCUCCUAUGCAGACCUUCUGUCUAGCCAUGACACAUUAUCCACAGUUCUUGCCUAUGUUACACGAAGAGCUUGACCGUGUCUGUGGAGACCGGAUGCCACGUUCAGAAGACCGACCAAAUCUUCCUUUCCUACGUGCCAUCAUUCGAGAGUGCAUUAGAUGGCGCCCCCCAGUCCCCACUGGCAUUCCUCAUUACCUGAUCCAGGAUGACGAGUACAAUGGUUAUCAUAUUCCCAAGGGUAGCACGAUACAUCCUUUGGAGUGGGCCAUCUCCCGUGAUCCCGAUCUUUACCCUGACCCUGAAGCCUUCAACCCUCUACGAUGGAUCAAACCAGAGUACCCCACCUAUCAAGAGCCUCUUUCCCAAUACCCGACUAUAAUCAACUCAACACAGUUCGGUUAUGGCCGAAGGACAUGCACUGGACAGGCUGUGGCUGAUGAAGAUCUGCUUAUUGGCAUCGGUGCGAUUGCCUGGCUGUUUGAUAUCAAGAAAUCACCAGCAGAAUCCACUAUCCCACCCGUCAUGAAGUCAACGAGGACAGAAUACAAGAUUGGCAUGAACGAGAAGGCUUCAAUCUCCAACGAAGAGCUUAACGCAGGUCUAGACACAACAGACCCAACAAUGGAAGAGAAGAUCCUUGCGAAGUUCUCAUAUCCUGGAUCCGACUCAGCAAACGACGUACAAGAGAAGUCGAAGGCCGCCGAGCCAGCGUAUAAGCCGCUGGAAUGGGGCGACAUCACCAAAAAGCCCGAAGAUCCGACACUCGACUACUCCAUCUUGCUCAUCGCGAAACCGAUACCCUUCAAGUUCGAUUUGAAGCCUCGCGACACUGUGCGAAUGAACACAGUCCGUGGUCUCUUCAACCAGGGCGUCGAGAACGGCGAUUAUCCCAAGACCCGGAAUUACUGGGGUCCAAACCAGGGACGGGACUUACCUGUGGGCUGGGGUAAACGGGAUUUGUGGGUACUGGGUGCACUCGAGGCUUUGUGUUGCUCCUUGCAUGGUUUUGGCGUUGGUGGUGCUGUGGUCGUCGAUAAGGGUAUUACGAUCUAUACGUUCUUCAGCGCUUUUCUUUUGUAUAUCUAUCUCUCCACCACGCCUCUGACAUCACGCAUCCUCGGACCGAACGGCCGCAACGCGACAUCGCCUGUUCGCAAACACCAAACACGACAUCUCAAUGCGCCUAAGAUAACUCGGUUCAGCUCACCGCGAGCUCAAGUCGCUAAAAUCAUGCUCGGUCUUGAAUUCACCGCGACGCGUACACAGAUCGCAUCCUACCUCUUUGGCGUCGCUCUCUUCAGCAUCAGCUUUCUCGUGUUCCUCAAUAGCUCGAUAUCCUUCGUCAUCACACAGCGCAUUGGCCAGUCGCGAAACGUGGGCGAUGCGGUCGGCACCCUGGGCUUCGUGGAUGAGUUGGUAGCGCUCAUUGCGUGUCCAGCAUGGGGUUUACUGAGCGACAGGGUUGGCGUGAGGAGUGUUGCGGUCAUGGGGUAUAGUAUUGUAGGUGUUGCGUUAUGGGUACUUGUGCAGGCAAAGAAUGUGUACCCACAGUUGUUGCUUGCGAGGGUGCUGUUUAGUCUGGGUGGAAGCGCGACCGCGACUAUGGUCACGGCGAUUCUGCCCUCGAUGACUAUUGUCAAGGAAACCAAACCUGAUCCGCGGUCGCCGACACAAAGUCGUGGUAGAUCGCAUGCGCCGGCUGCUUCGAUAUCGUCCGAACUCACCAUUACGCCCGCGCGUUUCCGAUCAAACUCCCCGGAAGACCAUACACAAGACACGUCCUUGAAGAAGGACUCGGGCGUAUCCACGUCACAACUUGCCGGGUUAGUGGGCAUGUUCACAGGAUGCGGUGCCUUGGUCGCAUUGUUCGUUUUCCUACCUCUGCCAACACAAUUCCAAAAUGCUGGCGAGCGUCCCGCAACAGCUGUGGCAGAUGCUUUCUAUGUUGUAGGAGCCAUUGCUCUUUUUGUGGCACUGGGCUGUUUCUUCGGCCUGCGCCAGCUGCCUGGCGAAGAAGCGAAAGGCUGGAAACGCCUUACUAGCAAAGGCGACUACAAAGACGUAGACAGCCAUCUGACACGCGACGUUGUGUUAUCUUACCCGCGUCUCUUUCUGGAAAGUGUUCGUCUUGGUUUCACUUCGCCAAACAUCGGACUCGGCUACGUAGGAGGAUUCGUCGCACGAGCAUCAUCAGUCGCUAUAUCGCUCUUCAUACCCCUGUUCACAAAUCACUAUUUCCUGCAGACCGGCCGCUGUAAAGUGGAGUCCAACAUUCCUUCCGAUAUCAAAGUCGCUUGUCCCGAAGCCUACAAACUUGCAGCCAUGUUGACGGGCAUCAGCCAGCUCAUAGCUCUCAUGUCUGCACCCCUCUUCGGCUACCUUUCCGGUCGUUUCCCUCGCUACAACAUCCCUUUGCUGGUAGCGGCUAUGUCUGGAAUUGCAGGCUACUCUGCAUUCGGAUCACUCACAAGCCCGGACUAUAAGAGUGAAGACGGCACAGGUGCGAUCUUCUUCAUCGUGGCGUUACUAGGCAUUAGUCAGAUCGGCGCCAUCGUUUGUUCCCUUGCCUUACUCGGCCGUGGCAUCAACAAUGAUGAACACCCCUCAACAGCCACCUCGGCAUCUGUGUCCGUGAACGGAACAACGUCGCAUCCAUCUGCAGGCGCUACACCGCCACACAGCGCACCCAUCACCCCCUUGGACGAAAACGCUCCUUUGCUUCCAGAGCACAUACACUCCUCGCGCUCUGCUUCCGCCUCAAGACGAGUUACAUCGCACAACCACAUUAAAGGCUCGAUAGCAGGGACUUAUAGUCUGCUGGGUGGCUUUGGUAUCUUACUACUGACUAAAGCCGGUGGUGCAUUGUUUGAUAGCACGGGGCCUGGCGCGCCGUUCUACAUGAUGGCAGGGUUUAAUGCACUGCUUUUCGUGGUUACGAUUGUUGUUAGUGGACUGCAGGGCGCCAGGAGGUGGAGGACGGUCGUGUGGGGGUCUUAG